GGGUCGUGAUCCCUUUUCUGUUCGGGGUAUGAAAAUUUCAUUGGCCAAAUUGGUCCACACAAUCAUUCUCUUGGCCGGCGACCAUAUUUCUUUUCCAUUUUGCUUUGUAACAUGGCGAAUCACGACUCAUACUCAGACCAACCGAUAAGUUCCGGGGAUCAAUAUUCUUCUCAAAACGCAGGAUUCAAACCAUACUCAGCAUCAGGGGAAUCCGCUUUCCUUCAUCGCAUAAGCCCUGAAUCGUCUUCAUUGCCCUACGCAAAGCGACCGAAGCAAAAUCCUGAAAUGGAGAAUCACAGUCAUAUUCAAUCCGGUUACGACGAGCGAGAUAUGAGAUCUUAUAGGCUCGAAGUAUGCCAACAGCCUCUGCAUGCUAGAAUGUGCGGAUUUGGCGAGAAAGACAGACGUCCUAUCGACCCUCCACCGAUAGUGCAGCUUUUUGUUCAAAAGCGAGAUGCGGAUGGUAACGAUUUAGGGCCAAUCGAUGUUCAGACGCUACAGAACCCGUUCUUUGUUUUACACGUCACCCUUUGGUCAGCAGAAAUGGACGAAGAACGAAAUAUUAUUUCCAAUCCACCUAAAUGCACCAGAGUCCUCAUGGGCUCUUUAGUCAGCUCUCCAAGUCUAUUAAAGAAUCCACAGGGACAGCAAGGAUUGUACUUUGCUUUUCCUGACCUGAGCAUCCGAACGGAGGGACGCUACACGUUAAAGUUUAGUCUCAUAAAACUGACUAGUAACGAUUUUGUCACUGAUGCAAAGGCAAAUGUAAUAGCCCAGGUGUUUUCUGAGCCUUUUAUGGUCUACUCAGCUAAGAAGUUCCCAGGAAUGACAGAAUCUACGGAGCUGUCCAAAGCUUUCGCCCGACAAGGUUUGAAGAUACCAAUUAGGAAUGACGUGAGAACUAGAAAGGCUGCAGAUUAGGUUGGGGAUGCUGGCCCUGAAUAUGCUUUCCUGCUUACAUGUUAUCAUGACAUACGUUGUCACCACUAGCUGUAAAUGUUUUGUUUGCCUCAUUUAAGACUGAUCUGUGAUUUCACUUCAUCUCAUCCCCACUCUCGCUUUAAAGAAAUAAAUCUGAAAAAUGAAUAAAAGUAAAAAUAUAAGAUGAAUGCA